AUGCACAGACCAUAUGUUCUCUCAACCUCCUCAAUUGCAAAUACAUAUGGAGCACAGUUGAUGUUUUUGGAAAGCAUGCCGUCAAAUUCAGGAGAACUUCGGACCAAUUCCUCACGGCCCGGAAAUCCUUCCUCAACGAGUCAUGUUAUCAUGCUCGCAAUGAUCUCUGAUUCGUUGGCCAUCGUACAGUGCCAGCAUGGAGCCUCAGUUUCCCAAUCGCGUAAUUUCUUCAAGGCUAGGCAGAUCCCAUUGCUGGUAGAAGAUCCGCAUACCUGCCUGGGUAAUGAUAUUUGGCAUAAACCAUCGACAAAAGAGCCAUCUAGCUGUGCGUGCAUGACGUUGCACAGUACCCAGGCAACGUACACCGCAGCGCCGCAGCAGCCAGUCAAUCAAAAAGUUAGGGCAUUAGGAAUAUGUACGGUAUUCCACAGAUGA